UUCCUGGGAUUCGGCUGGAUUCGUCCCGCGGCGAUUUUUCGACAAUCCGAGAAUCUGUUACAAAAGGGAAACGAAGGGAUUCGCGAGAAAAUUCUCUCACCUCGAUCGAAUACGCGGUGUCGAUGAAGAGGGCCACGUGAUCAUCGUAACCGGUUCGAUAAUGCGGCCGAUUGGUUGGGCGAUGGCGUGCGCGUUGCUCGCGUCUACUUUUCCAAAAAGUGCAUCUCUGCUCACCAGCGCCGAGGAGGAGAGUGUUGGUGUCGUUGCCACGGCUCACCGCCAUCCGACUGAACGCGGCAAACUGGCCAAACUGCUGCCCAUUUCCAAGGACGCUGCACACCGACUCGAACAAUUUAUCGACGAUGAGAGGAGAAGGAGGAGGAGGAGAAGCGUACAGGAAGGGACGAGAAGAGAGGGUCGAACGUUCGGUCAAAAGCGAAUCCAAUUCAUGCUGAUGCCGAUGAUGUACAAAAUGGGAGUGAUGAUGACGAUGCUGAUCGUUUUGACGGCGAUCUCCGUCAAGGGAUUGCUCGUUGGUGCCAUGUUAUUAAUGCUGAAACUGAGCACGCUAAUAGCCAAGUUCUCCUUCGGUUGGCAGCACAAUGCGCAGGCUCCUCAACCGAUCCAUGUGCACGUUCACAACAGUCCACCAACGUCUCACAAUCAAGCGUACAGCGGUUGGAUACCGGGGAGCGGUUCAGGAGGGGAACACCACUACUACUACAGAGCGUGAAUUCUCUCUCCGUUCAAGAGACUGUGUCUUCGAUAUAUAUAUAAACACACACAAUUAGAAUUAGACUUAUCGCGCGUACAUCGUUCCUUCUUCGACUCUAUAUAUAUAUAUAUAAUAAUCGCGAUUAUUUGUGAUAAUUUAUCAUACGAAACCGAUGCUACAUUUGCUCUCCACGUACCAAAGGACUUAUUUAUUCUCGAAUUUAAGUUUUCUAUUUAAGUAUUAUUUCGGAAAGUAGAAACACACUCGCCUCGAAUCGCACAUAUAGAUAUAUAAUCGAGAAAAAAAUGGCCAAAUUGAGAAACCAAAAUUGUGUAAACUUGUGUUACUCGUUUAAGGAACAGCAACCUCGACACGUUUACCUCAACUUAGCGAUAUUAGUAUUAAUUUAUUAUUGUAGUAAGGAAGCGGCGUCUCGAUAAUCCAUCCAUCGUUUGAUCGUAACAAUUACAUGUACAUCAUCGUAUGAAUGUAUUCUAUUAAAUUUUCUUUUUUUUUUUUU